AUGGGUAAAAAGAACAAGAAGUCCGCCGAGCACAAGGAGCGUGUAGCGGCCAAGCAAUCAAAAAAGGCGGACAAAAAGGACAAGAAGCACAAGUCCAAGGGCAAGGAUGCAGACAGUGACGCCGAAGACGCUGAUCUCGACGCCAUUCUCGCCCAAUACGCAGAGGAGCAGGCCCGAUUCCUGAAGGUCACCGAGGUUGUCUCUGAGCCACCAACCCCUCGAUCUUCUGCUACUGUGCUCGCGUCGCCAUCUAACAGGAACGAGCUGCUUAUAUAUGGUGGGGAGUACUUUGAUGGCACGCUGGCGACAUUCUUUAACAACCUAUACGUCUACCUCAUUGAUAGAGGCGAAUGGCGCGAGGUUACGAGUCCCAACAGUCCACUGCCUCGCAGUGGGCAUGCUUGGUGCCGUGGAGGGAACACAGGUGGUGUCUAUCUAUUCGGUGGCGAGUUCUCGUCACCGAAACAGGGGACUUUCUACCACUACAAUGAUUUCUGGCACCUUGAUCCGGCGACAAGAGAGUGGACGCGCCUUGAGACGAAAGGCAAGGGCCCUCCCGCAAGGAGUGGGCACAGAAUGACAUACUACAAGAACUACAUCAUCCUCUUCGGCGGCUUUCAAGACACGUCCCAGCAAACAAAGUACCUCCAAGACCUCUGGAUCUACGACACCUCCAAAUACACCUGGUACAACCCGCAGCUGUCAACCGCGUCCCAAAAGCCCGAUCCCAGGUCCUCCUUCUCGUUCCUUCCCCACGAAUCCGGAGCCGUUCUGUAUGGCGGGUACUCGCGCGUCAAAGUGACCGCAGGAGCCGGUGGCAAGCCAACGAAGGGUGGGCCACAGCGCAUGACCAUGAAGCCCAUGGUGCAUCAAGAUACGUGGUUCCUGCGCAUAACGCCGCCCGCACCAGAAGCACCCUCGAACUCGCCACCGUCAGUCCGCUGGGAGCGCCGUAAGAAGCCUGCAAACGCGCCGAACCCGGCGAGGGCCGGUGCGACGAUGGCGUAUCACAAGGGCCGCGGUAUUCUGUUUGGUGGUGUCCACGAUGUCGAGUUGAGCGAGGAGGGGAUCGACAGCGAGUUCUUCAAUACGCUGUUUGCAUGGAAUACGGAUAGGAAUCGAUUUUUCCCUCUUACGCUGCGCCGGCCUAAGAAUACGGGCAAGAGCCAGCAGAACCAAGCAAAGUCCCGGAACAGAGGAAAAGCAGACGAGGAAGAGCUGCUGCAGAAUCUCAAGGCAUUAGAAGCCAGAAAGGGAAUCCGCACGGACGGAGAUGAUUCCGACGAUGAUAUCCUACCCAAACAAGAGGACGAGCCCGUGGAGCCGGAGAAGCCGGCUAUCGUACGCUUCGAGAUGCCGCACAUGCGCUUCAAUGCGCAACUAGCGGUGCAGGAAGACACGCUCUUCGUCUUUAGCGGGACGUAUGAGAAGGGAGACCGCGAGUUCACGUUCAACGACUUGUACUCAAUUGACCUGGGCAAGAUGGACGGCGUCAAGGAGAUCUUCUACAAUGAGCCCGGCAACUGGCAUCUGCUUAAUGAGGCGGAUAGUGAUGACGAGAUGGAUGAGGAGGAGGAAGAGGAGGGCGAGGAGGAUGACGAUGAAGACGAGGAUGCCAUGUCCCUUGACACGGCCUCUGCUGCGCCUACCGAGAGUACAGAGGCCACUGUACCAUCUGUGACCAAGGACCUGGAACAGCUUGACGUUGAGGAGCAAGGUGCUGAUCAAGGUGCUGAGCCAUCUGUUCAGGAUAGCAGGCCUCUUCCGCGUCCAUUCGAGAGUCUGCGUGAGUUCUUUAGCCGGACGUCGGAGGAGUGGCAGAAAAUACUGCUUGAUACGUUGAAUGAGAGGGGCGCGGCUGUGGAUAAGAAUAUCAAGGAGCUCCGCAAAGAUGCGUUCAAUAUGGCGGAGGAGAAGUGGUGGGAUAGCAGAGAGGAGAUUAUGGCCUUGGAAGAUGAGCAGGAGGCCGCAGGCAUUGGGGAGGUUGUCAGUAUUGCUGACAGGGGCGAGAAUGCCGGAGGUGCUGGGAGGCGGAGGUGA